AUGUUGAAACGUGCACGAUAUCCCCUCCUGGACGACAGCAGCACGUUGGCAUAUCUCCAGCAGGCCCUGCUCCAUGGAGAUGCAGCAGGCACGCUGACCCUGCUUUCCCCCUGCCCGGGCCACGCCUGGGACGAGGCUGCCGCCUGGGCGGGGGACCGGGGCUCCCUCCCCGCCCUGCGCUGCCUCCUCGAGGCCCGUGCCCGGUCGGGGCUCGACCCCGGCGACCCCAAGUGGGUCACCCGUGUCGUCACAUCGCUGAGGAGGGCGGGCGCCCCCCUGGCCGAGGCCUGGGCUGUCUUCUGCACCACUCCCACCCCGACACUGUACACCUGCAACGCCAUCAUCGCCGCCUGCGCCCGAGCCAGGGACUGGCCGAGGGCACAUGAGGUGCUGCAGGGCAUGCGCGUCUGGCACGUCGCACCUGACGUCGUCACCUUCAACAGCCUGCUGCAGGCGGCCGGGGCCGGGGGCUCACUGGCGGGGGUACGCGCCACGCUGGGUGCGCUGCGCUCCGCCAGCCUGGCGCCGACGCCGACCACCUACGCCGUGCUGUUCACCGCCCUUGCCGCGGCCGGUCUGCGCGACGCCGACGAGCUCUGGGCCCUGCUGCGGGCGGCGGGGGAGGGCGGACUGCGCCCCACGCCCCACAUGGUCUCCGCCUUCCUGGCAGCGCUGCGGCGCACGGCGCUGCGCGACGACCAGGUGGCCGAUGCGGUGGCGCUGGUGGACGCGCUGCCAUGGCCAGGCGAGAAUGAGGUCACCGCGCUGCUGAGCCUGCUGCGUCACCGCCCCGGCGCUGCGCCACGGCACGUGCCGGCCCUCUGGCGCGCCAUCCAGGCGUCGCCGGAGCUACAGACGCCCCACGUCUUCUCCAGCCUCUUCGCCGCCUGUGCGCACGCCGGCGCCGGCUCCGGGCUGGAUGCGCUGGCGCAAGAGGCCUACGAGUUGAUGCGCGGCCUGUACCUCCGCCGGGCGCCCACCUCGGGCAAGGCCAGGGAGGCCGCGCUGCUGGCCUUCAACGCCGCCGCACACGCGCUGCGUGACCCCCGACGCGGCGACGCUGAGCAUCCUGAGGCCUGCCGCGAGGGCCUGGCCACCGACCCGGGCGCGGCGGGCACGCUGGGGGUGGAGGCGGGGCCGGAGACGCUGGCCGCCGUGGUCGGCGGCUGCGCCGCGCUGGGCCGCGCGCAGGACGCCUGGGACGUCUACGCCGAGUUGCGGCGGGUGGGAGGGCGCGCGGGGCGCGAUGUCGCCACCAGGCUUGUCGUCGCGCUGGCCAGGGCGGGGCAGCUGGCCGAGGCGGAGGCGGUGUGGGGCCAUUUCAUUAACGAGGCGCAGUCACUCCAUGACACCGGCCGUCAAGGCGGACUUGCAGCAGGGGCUGGGAGUUCAGACGCAUCAGCAAGCGAGGAUGGGGCCGGCGCUGCCAGUCGUCCCCCCCCAGAUGUCAUCCCAGAGGCAGCCAGCCGCGAUGCAAGUGCCGUGGUGUCACCACCAAGCAGGCAGCUGCCGGGCGCCAGCGCGGCCGCGGCCCUGGCACUUGCCUGCCUGGAGACCCCCGGCCACCUGGCCGACGGCUGGGCCUACUUCCGGGCCCUGGCCGAGGAGUACCCGCCCGUCGCCCAGGCGGCGACGCUGCUGCCCUUCCGCCGCGCGUGGGAGGCGGCCGCCAUGGCCGCCUGCCGUGCGGGGCGGCUGCAGGACGCGCUCCUCGCGCUGGAUGCCUGGCAGGCCGCAAGCGACGCGUGGCAUGCCGGGCGGCUGGGCAGGGAGGAGCGGGGCCAGGAACCAGGGGCGGACAGCGUGCGGAGCCGGCGCCGGAGCCGGCGCCUGGCGGACCUGGGCGGCGGGGGGGCGACGAUGCAGGGGCCUGGCGCCAGAGGCGUCCAGGAUGGGGCCGAGGCGACCCCAGCGGCGGCGUCUGAGGGAAGCGAUGGCGCUGAGGCGGGCGGCCCGACAGGAGGUGGCCACGAAUCGCCGCCGGCAACCAGUGUGCCCGCCCUCGCGCCCAAGCCUGUGCGCCUGGCAAGCAGUGCCGCCCCGGGACUGGCGCGCGCGCCGCGUCUCUCCAGCGCGACCCUGGCCUACCUGGCGGCCUGCUGCCACAGGGCGCCCGCAGGGGCCGAGACGGCGCGCGUCCUCCAGCUCUGUGCAAUGCUGCGCACCCGACGCCAGGAGGCCAUGGAGGCCGCACAGCCGCACCCGCCAAAGCGCUCGCACCACUUUUACCAGGAUGGGGCCCUGUGA